GCCAAACAAUAUUUCAUAUAUUUAAGUUUCUGCCUGCUGUGAGAAGCUGAGAUCCACCAACGCCAAAAUGCCAAAUAUUAGCUUUCUAGAGUUCCAGUACAAGCUUUCAAGAAACAAGCUUCUGCGAAAGCCAUCCCGGUUGUUCUCUUCCCGGGACAGAAAGAACUCUUUACCCACUUUUCAGCCAAAUUUGAGCGAGAUGAGGCAAGUUUUCAAUAAAUUUGACUCCAACAGAGAUGGAAAGAUUUCUCAACAGGAAUACAAGGCCACACUUAGAGCUCUGAGACAGGACAGCAUGAUAGGAGAUGUGCCAAAGAUUUUCCAGGUGGUUGAUUUGGAUGGAGAUGGAUUUAUUGAUUUCAAAGAGUUUGUUGAAGCACAGAAGAAAGGAGGAGGCAUUAAAACAACAGACAUUCAGACUGCUUUUCGAGCAUUUGAUGUAAAUGGAGAUGGAAAAAUAUCUGCUGAGGAAGUUAUGGAAGUUUUGAGGCGGCUUGGUGAGAGAUGUGGCCUAGAGGAUUGCCGCAGAAUGGUCAGGGCAGUUGAUGCUGAUGGUGAUGGUAUGGUUAACAUGGAUGAGUUUAUGAUUAUGAUGACAGAAACUCUGAUUUGCGAUUAAAAGGGUCGGUUCGAGUUUAGAGAGCUUGCUUCUUUGUUUGUUUUUCCUUCUGUAACUUGCAUAAAUAAAACUUGUUCAGAGUUCAUGUAAUGCGUAUGCAUGUAUACUUCAUAUGUAGCAUAAUAUAAGUUCUUUCUAAUCUUUUUUGCGGUCA